CUUCUUAAGCCAAUUACGUACACAAGAUAUAGAAGAGGAAUUGCAGAUACCUUGGAAGGACCAGCUAUGGCGUUUCGAACUCGAGCUAUCGGAGAACAAAGAGAAUCUUGUUUCUGACUUGGCUUUCCUGUUUCCUCUCAUUCUAACAGCUGUGAGAUCACCAUUGUCUCCAUACUUCAUCCAUUGCUGAGUUACUUAAUUCAGCGCCAACUCGAUCAGUUUCUCUCGGGAGGCCGGAGUUCUCUCCAAUUUCGGGUGGAUGCACGGAAUCCUCCUUGCAUUGCACGGAAUGGCUGUUUCCAACUGAGGUCGCCGGAGCUCCGGCGGACGCGGCGGGGAGCGAGCAGAUAGAGGAAAUGUUCAAACCAGCCCGAUGGUGGAGCGAGAAGAACAGAAUCAAAAUUAGUUUCGAACUGAAGUUCCAUGCCUCUCAGCUAACGCAGAUCGAAGGGGAUGGAUUGGUGGUAUCCAUUGUUCCAUCCGACACCGGCAAGGCGACUGCGAAAUCAGACACAGCAUUAGUCCGAGAAGGAAGAUGCUUAUGGGAGAAUCCUCUCCGCGAAACUGUGAAAUUCGCUCACGAUCCAACGUCCGACAAGGUCCAUGAGAGGAUCUACCACUUCGUCGUUGGGACGACGGGUUCAUCUAAGGUUGGUGUUGUUGGAGAAGCUUCCAUAGAUUUGUCAAACUAUGUCGAGGCAACGAAAGCUUCGUCUGUGUCUCUUCCCCUUCGACAUUCAAAAACAAAUGCUCUGUUACAUGUAUCGAUCCAGAGAAUCCAUGAAUGCUCCGAUCGAAGAGAAGUUGAAGAAAAGGAAGUUACUCAAUACGGCAGCCAUGGCACCAUCAGAAGCACCUCUGUCGAAGAUAAUUCGAAUCCUAAUAAUCUUCGUAGCUCAAGUGAAUCCGACGUUACAAUGUCAAGUUCUGAGAGCAGCUCAGAGCUUGAAACGCCAUGGGAGAUGCAGGGGAAGAGCAACAGCAAUGUGCAUCCAGAGCCUGUUGAUUACCUACAUGACGAGCCGAAAAAUGAUGCGCCGGAAACAAUGUUCGACCAGCACAGGAGCUCAUGGGAAUGGCUUGGAAAAUCCACCCCUGAAACCUUCCCAGGGCAGCAGAUGGAGGAAGAAUCAGACAUGAUGAUCAAGAAACUGCAAUCUGAAGUUACUGAUCUAUCCAGACAGGCCGGGAUGUCGGAACUAGAGCUGCAGACGCUCCGUAAACAGAUUGUCAAGGAGACGAAACGCAGCCAAGAUCUCUCCCGAGAGCUCGCCAGCUUGAAAGAAGAGCGCGACGCAUUGAAGGAGGAGCUUGAAGCUGUCCUCCAUAGGCGUGAGGGAUCAAAAACAAGAACAAGUUUGUCGUUUGACACUGUGAAUUCUCGGGCGAUGGUGGAAGAACUCAGGCAGGAAUUGAACCAUAUUAAUGGACUAAACGUAAACCUUCGGAUUCAGCUUCAGAAGACGCAGGAAUCGAACUCUGAGCUGAUUCUUGCCGUGCAAGACCUCGAGGAGAUCAUAGAACAGAAGAAUAAGGAAAUGUCAAACCUACCAAAAGAUGUGGAUGAGAAAUUAUCCCGCCUAUCUGAUGAUGAUGAGCAAAGGGCGCUGGAAGAGCUCGUCAAGGAACGUAGCGAAGCCAAGGAAGUGAAUCUUCUGGAACAACAGAUCACAGACCUGCAAAGCGAAAUCGAAAUCUACAAAAGAGAUAAAGAUGAGGUCGAGAUGCAAAUGGAGCAGCUCGCCCUCGACUAUGAGAUCGUGAAGCAGGAGAAUCACAAUCUGCUGUCGAAGAUCGAGCAGGGCCAGAUUCAGGAGAAACUCAAAAUGCAAUACGAAUGUACUAAUGAAUUAGAGACUCAUAUCGAAAAUCUGGAGGAUGAGCUGCAAAGGCAAUCAAAGGAACACGCGGAUGCACUGGUUGCCAUGAGAGAGCUCGAAGAUCGAGCAAAGCUCUUAGAGGAAGAGCUCGAGAAGCAGACACAGGGGUUUGCAGACGAUCUAGAAAAUCUCAUGAAGUCGAAAGCAGAGCAGGAGCAGCGAGCGAUGAGAGCCGAGGAAGUGUUGAAGAAGUGGCGCGCAAAAAACUCCGAGACAGUGGAAAGUCUUCAGGAGGAAUUCAGGAAGCUUUCAUUACAGAUGGCGUGCACGUUCGAAGCCAACGAGAAGCUGACAACGAAAGCUGCGGCAGAAGCGAAUGACCUCAGAUCACAGAAUCGUCGGUUGGAGGAAAUGCUCGAAAAGAUUUCUGAAGAACACCAAUCUGUCAAGGACCAAUACGAGGCUAAGUUAAGCAAACUCUCCGAUCAAGUCGCGCUAAUGACGGAUCAAAUGGAUCGCAUUCGCUUAGAGAAUGAAGAAAUGACGGUGCAGCUGAACGAUCAGAAAAAGCACGCUGAGGAAUCUCAGAAACCACUCUUCGACGAUAUUUUAGCCCUCAGAGAAGAGAUCGAAAUGCACGUAGCCAAGAAUAGCAUUCUCAUGGAGGAAUUGGGGAGUAAGGAAGAUUUAUUGCAUGAGCUAGAAAAGAUGAGACGAUCGAUGAAAGAAAUGGAACUCGAUGCAGAGCAAGGAAACGUUGCAAGAGUCGAACUCGAAAACAGGAUUGCAUCGACAAUGAAGGAAGCAGAAGAGAUGUGUGAAGAAAUAAAGAAUAAGGAAUCUCUCAUGAAAGAAAAAGAGUCCAUCGUCGAAACUCUGCAGUCUGAGCUGGACAGUCUUGGCACUCGCCAUACAGAGCUCGAAUGUUUGCUGUCGAAAAAUGAGGCGGAGAAGGAGAAACUAAGGAAACAAGUCUGUCAACUGACUAGUGAUCUAAAAAAGAUCGACGAUGCGCUAAAAAGCACGAAGAAGAAGACGAAGGAUGGCAAUGCGCGAGGUAAUCUUGACGUCGCGAAAGUCCCUCCAAAGUCUAAUAAAUUACUUCCGCAACGAUCCAAAGAAGUCGAAAGUCUAAAGGAGCGAAUAAAAAUGCUCGAGACUCAGAUCAAAUCGAAAGAGACGGCGCUGGAGACAUUGACAAAUACAUUUCUCAAGAAGGAAAAGGAUCUCCACAACAAAAUUGUAGCAUUGCAGAAGGCAUCAUCCAACGCAAAUCCGCGCUCGCCAUUCCCUACAAAGAGCAGUAGCUUAUCUUCCAAUGAAAUGGUCGACAUCGACGCGCUAAGAAACGAAAUAGCCUCCCUUAAGGAGAAGAAUGCAUCGAUGGAAGGCGAGCUAAAGGAAAUGCAGGGGAGAUACUCUGAAAUAAGCCUAAAGUUUGCAGAGGUCGAAGGCGAAAGACAACAACUCGUUAUGGAACUACGAAAUCUUAGGAACUCGAAUAAGAGCCCAUAAUGACACAAAGGGCUUCUUUGCAGCAUUUAGUCUGGUAAUUAUCGACUCGGAAAACGAGGCGGCCGGCGGAGUCGAAAACAGUGCAGCCAUUGCCAUUUAUGACAAGGGACUUCAUCCAGACAGUGAAGGCUUCUUGUGGCCUCUGUGA